GUUUCUGGCGUGUGAUACUAACGUCAGUAGCUGUGCUGGAUACGAGACACCGCGGCCGCAAAAAUGUCGCGCGCCGUGCUUUUUAUUAGUGUUUUUACCGUAUUUUUGGACGUCCUGCAUGCUGGACAGGCGAGUACGGGCGCGGAGCCUCAAGUGGCGGUGCUAUGCGAGGCCGGCUCCACGUACCACCCGCAGUACAUGUCGUCCGCGGGCCGGUGGACGCCAGACCUUACCACCAAGCCGCACAACUGUCUGAAGGACAAGAUGGAGAUCCUGGAUUACUGCAAAAAGGUUUACCCGAGUCACGACAUCACCAACAUCGUGGAGGCUUCCCACUACGUCAAGGUCAGCAACUGGUGCAAGUUGGGGACGGGCAACGCGGCCAAGUGCAAGACCACGCGGUGGGUCAAGCCAUUCCGCUGUCUUGAAGGUCCAUUCCAAUCGGACGCGCUCCUGGUCCCUGAGAGCUGUCUCUUCGACCACAUCCACAACCAGAGCCGGUGUUGGCAGUUCGCCAGGUGGAACGCCACUGCGGGCCGCGCCUGCGCACAGCGGGGCCUGAGGCUGAGGACCUUCGCCAUGCUUCUGCCAUGUGGGAUCAGCCUGUUCUCAGGAGUCGAGUUCGUAUGCUGCCCUAAGCAUUUUAAGGAAAACGUUAAACUGCAUAAGCCCAUGGACGUUGGCGUGCCAGUCAGCCCUGGCGGUGAAGAGAUGUUAGCAGCUUCGGCAGCUAUGGAUGAACGUGAUGAUGACCUUCUGGAUGACGAUGAUGCCCUCGAUGAUGACGACGAUGAUGACACACUCAACCUCAGCGAUGAUGAUGAUGACGACGACACUGAUGACGAUAUGGACGAAGAUGAAGAUGCAGAUUUAUCUCGAGACGAUGAUGCAGAGGACGAUGAUUACACAGACGGUGACGACAACGCGUGGCCACGACCUGAUUCUUCACCAGCACCUUCCACGACUACUACCAGCACUACAACUUCUACUACGACUACGGCUUCAACGGCGACGUCUGAUCCUUAUUUCUCCCACUUCGAUCCGCGCACCGAACAUCAGAGCUACAAAGACGCCCAACAACGACUCGAAGAAACCCACCGUGAAAAGAUCACCAAAGUGAUGAAAGAGUGGUCGGAGCUUGAAGACCGGUACCAGCAGAUGAUGGCCAGCGAGCCGGCCGCCGCGCAGACCUUCCGCCAGCGCAUGACUGCCAAGUUCCAAGCCAAUGUACAGACUUUGGAAGAAGAAGGCGUUGCUGAGCGUCGUCGAUUGGCUGCUCUGCAUCAACAAAGAGUGUUGGCGCACCUCGCUCAACGUCGCCGCACCGCGCUCGCUUGCUACACCCGCUCUUUGAGAGACACUCCACCAAAUGCCCACCGUGUCCAGAAGUGUCUCCAGCGUUUAGUCCGAGCGCUUGCAGCGGAACGCAGCGGAGCCAUCGCUGCAUGGCGCCGCGCUGCAGCUGCUGGAAGGGAGGCUGCAGCCGCUGAGCGGGCCAGUGCUGCUGAUAGACUACAGGACGCCGACCGCGCUCUUCAGCGCGCUCUCACCGCACUUCGCCGCCGACAACAUUUGUAUGCCAACAUCGGUACAGCUAUCGAGGACUAUGUUCAGUCAAUGCAAUCCAAGGACGACAUGGCUGUGUCUUUGAUGUCAAUGACCCCCGAAGCCGAAGAGCUGUUGUUGGACCGCAUCGAGGCGGAGGUCCAGCGGGAACAAGCGGCCAGGGAACAGAUUAGUGCUAAACGAGACCAACGCACGAGGCAGAGGCAGGACAUCCAGAGUGAAAGGGCUAAGACAUCAAACGGCGUGAAAGAGAGCGACGAAAUCGACGAUGAGGCCAGCGAAGUGAGUGAGGGAGACGAGACUACUUCUCUGCCGACCACCCACAAUGCGCCUUCCUCUGCUGCUGCUUCGCCGUCGUCACAUCUGACCGAUGCUUCUGUCCCGGUCAAUGACGUCACUACCAGGGCUUCUUAUGCGCAGGAGUCUACUACUACGGAACUGAUAACCAGCACGGUGACGGAGGCUCAAGAGAGCGAGACUCCGGAGAUUGCUGACAUCGGGGAAACUUCUAGUCGGCGAUCCACGAGCGAGACGGAAGGCGAAGGUCUCCGCGCGGCGCUGGAGCACGCGGAGGAGCGCGCGCCGCCGCCGCCCGCGCAUGCGCUGAAACACGAGUUGCAGCACUCGCAGCCUGGCUACACGGUCCGCGGCGCGGGCGCAUCAUCCAGCGGCGGCGGCGCCGGCGCCCUGUACCCCGCGCUGUGCGUGGGCGGCGCGGGGCUCGCGGCCGCGGCCUGCGUCGCCCUGGCUGUCGCGCGGCGCCGCGACCGCGCCCCCGCCGCUAUGGGCUUCGUGCAGGUGGAGCAGACAGGCGCAGUGGCCCCCACUCCUGAAGAGCGACACGUGGCCAACAUGCAGAUUAACGGCUACGAGAACCCCACCUACAAGUACUUCGAGGUCAAGGAGUAAAUCCCUCCCCCAACCCCCCACUUCAGAUGUCCUCCCACUGGAACCUUUUUGCAGGAACUACUUAUAAGUUUUGUUUCUUUGUGUCUCUAAGGAGUUUUGUUGUGUCAUCUUUUGUUUUAAAAUGACGACAGCGGGAGGAAAGAAUCAUCAAUUUAAUUUUAUAAGCUUUGUGUGAUUAGUCGAAAAUUUUGUUUGCGACAACUCGCAGUCAGUCAAACAAUACUUAAGGUUAAGUGAUAUGCUUUUAUAUUCUGUUAAUUUUUUGGCACCAAAAUAUUUAUUAUCAUUUAAGAUUUAGGUCUAAGUUCUUGUCUAGUGUCCUAGGAGUCAUAAGUGUCACAUUGUAGUCGAGUUUUUAAAUUAAGUUUUCGGCCCGCUGCCCCCCGGUAACGUCGAGUGGUUCCUUUUAUAUGUCUUGUAACCUUUCGAUGCAUGUCAUUAUAAUUUAAUUCACGAUGAUCUCAUUUUUUUAUUUUUUAUAUUUUAAUUAAGACCUUUGGAUGCUACCGGCGGGGCGAGCGGAACAAACGUCCAUGGUACGCUGUGUACAUAGGCUCCGCGUACAAAUUUGAACCUAAAUUACUUACUCAUAAAGCCCGCUUUCGUUUCCUUUUCUAACGUAGGUAGAUCAUAACGUGAAUUUUAUGUAAUAAAAUGCGAAAAUAUAUUUUAAUAAUUAAUGUGUAUUUAGCGAAGGGACGGCGGCCAAGCCGGCGCGGGGGAACUCUAGUCUUCUCUAGUCAUUACCUCAGCUUGCGUAGGAGCUCUUUUUGUGUAUAGUGAUUUGAUCUCUGUUUUUCAAUGGAUCAGUCCCCUUCGCUUCCUUGUCAACUGUAUCUAUCUCUUCGUUCUCCCGCGGGACGAUGAUACCCGUCGUGAGACGCCGUGUACUCAAAGUGUGGUUAAUAUCUAGAAGAUAAUCGAUUUGCAAAGCGGAGUUUUACCAUAGAGCCUUCAAAAAUCGAACAGAGAAAGCGGUGCUAUUGGUCGACUCUUGCGCAUAUCCGCUACUUUCAGCUCUGUGGGACAUUAAAACGUAUCAAAUAUAACAUGUGACCGCUUUGUUCUAGUCAAGUUUGUGAGGUAAAUUUCAGGCGUUUUCGGCUAACGGUUGUGUACGCACAUUGGGUACUCGGGCAAGGUGAAUAAGCUUAGUGAGUGAAUGUACGGUUAAUAUAUAAGUAGAUGUACAAAAAGUAAUACAUUAUAUAGAUGUUUUAGCGUCAGAUACAUAGAUAUAAAGCAAAAUAUAAUUAUAUAUCGCAUUCGUCCGUAUAAAGUAAGGGCUUGCGCUCGUGUCUAAUCCCACGUACCACACUUAAUGUUACGUCGUAGUUAAGAUGUAAUUCUGCCUCAGUAUUAUAUACAUUUAAGCUUAUUUGUUACAUAAGCUAAUUUAUAUACACAAUUUAUAUUUAUUUACGGGCGCAGUGGCGUUGCUACAAUUUGAAGUCAUAUCAGAUGCGUCACGGCGUUUUACGCUUAUUUUGUUGCGAUGCGUGAAUACGAUCAGCGAAUGAAAAGCAAUGUAACGUUUGGUAUUAAAUAAUACCGGGAUAGGAUAAGAGAUGGCGCGCUGAUCGAAUUGCAUCGCGAUGAAGUGAGCGGAGCAGACGCCCGCCCGUGGCUUGUACGGCAUUUACAUAAGUUACUCACUGUAUUUUAACGUAAGUUUAAUCCCGCAUCAAGUAUCCGCUGUGUAUUUUUACUAAUGAUAAUAAACAAGCCGAACACUUAUUUUUUUAUCAAACUUUUGCUCAAAAGUCAGUCCCUUUUUGUCAACACAGUUUUUGUCGAUAACGUUAUUCGUCGUUUGUCAACUAUAUCGAUGUUAGUUGUGCAUGAACCCAGUUUCCGUGUUCCCUAUCACUGUUUCACGUAUUUUGAUAAGUAAAUAAAAUAAUGGUUUGAUGAAAUUUGUGUUUACUGUGCUGCAUUUCAUUGUGAGU